AUGCCCAUCCAGAGAGGUCAACUCCACCCUACACCACAUGCCCAUCCAGAGAGGUCAGCUCCACCUACACCACCAUGCCCAUCCAGAGAGACUAGCUCUACCCUUCAACAACAGGCCCACCCAGAGAGGUCAGCUCCACCCUACACACACAUGCCCCCAUCCAGAGAGGUCAACUCCACCUACAACCACCAUGCCCCAUCCAGAGAGGUCAGCUCCACCCUACACCACCAUGCCCAUCCAGAGAGGUCAGCUCCACCCUACACCACCAUGCCCCAUCCAGAGAGGUCAGCUCACCCUACACACCAUGCCCAUCCAGAGAGGUCAGCUCCACCUACACCACCAUGCCCAUCCAGAGAGGUCAGCUCCACCCUCACACACAUGCUCCAUCCAGAGAGGUCAGCUCCACCCUACACACCAUGCUCCAUCCAGAGAGGUCAGCUCCACCCUACACCACCAUGCUCCAUCAGAGAGGUCAGCUCCACCCUAACACCAUGCCCAUCCAGAGAGGUCAGCCUCACCCUACACCCCACAUGCCCCAUCCAGAGGAGGUCAGCUCCACCCUACACCACCAUGCCCCAUCCAGAGAGGUCAGCUCCACCUACACCACAUGCGCAUCCAGAGAGGUCAGCUCCACCCUAUACCAUCAGCCCCUUUGAGAGUGGCCAACACCACCCUGAACCCUCAAUUUCCUUUCCAGUGUGA